CUAGUAGAUAUUUAUAUGGCCUUCUCAGAAGCCUAAAAACAUUCAUCCUGAGUUUUGCUGUUCGACUCUGGCCAAUUAGGGUUUAUCGUAAACUCACCACUCAAGAUAAAAUCAUGGGAGACGUGGAUGAAUUUCGCUGUUUCGUUGGAAGCCUUUCUUGGUCUACAACUGACAGAGGUUUGAGAGAUGCAUUUGAAAAAUAUGGUCGUCUGCUUGAAGCGAAAGUUGUUUUAGACAAAUUUUCUGGACGAUCUCGUGGAUUUGGUUUUGUUUCUUUUGAUGACAAGAGAGCUAUGGAGGAAGCUAUUGAGGAAAUGAAUGGCGUGGAUUUAGAUGGACGUCCCAUAACUGUAGAAAGGGCUCAACCUACGCAAGCCUCUUCUAGGGACCGAGAUGGGGACUAUGACCGUGACCGCGAUCGUGGUGGUCGUGAUCGCGAUCGUGACCGUGAUCGUGAACGCCCCCGUGGGUUUGGCGGAGGUUCAAGGGGAUCUGGUGGUGGUGGUGACUGUUUUAAAUGUGGUAAGCCCGGACAUUUUGCUCGUGAAUGUCCAUCUGAUGAUGGUGGUAGGGGUGGUGGCAGAUAUGGUGGGAGAGGAGAAAGAAAAGGUGGUGGCAGCUAUGGACCUGACCGAGGUGGGGAUCGCUACAGCGGCGGAGGUGGUGGUGGAGGUGGUGGUGGAGGUGGUGGUGGACGUUACAGAGAUUCUGGUAGUCGUGGAGCAGGAUAUGGAAGUGAUAGGUACAGCCGUGACCGUUCUGGCCCAUAUGACCGUGCAGGAUCUGGUGGCUACCGCUAAUGCUUUGAAAGGACGAUAGCUGUGCAGAGGAUGUCUGUUCUACAAGAUUAUCUUCAUGAAGAGAAGGAGCUUUUUACUGUGUUGUACUUAAUGGAAGACAUCUUAUGUGGUUUCAGACUUGGAAUGCGUAAUUAGAGUUGAACUAUUUUCUGUAUCUACAUCAGGAAAGCCAUUUGUCCCAGUGUGGGAAAAUUUUCUGUUUCAGGAGCUCAGUGAUGUUAUGAUGCGAUCUUAUGCUUGCUUAGUGGAGACUUCUGAUUUGGCUCUUUAGAUAUAUGAAUCUUGUUUUCGCUGCUAUACCUGGCUGUUUACAUGCACGUGCAUUGCUCUUUCUUCGCUGCUGUUUGGUUUUGGUGUGGGUUAAUGGGACAUAUGACUGGGUUGUGAGCGCCUUGUUCCUGAGUAUAUAUCCAUUUUGGUUGCUAUGAUCUGUGAACGUGUAACUGGAAGGGUGCAAGCUCUUUUGUUCUUGUGGCAUUAUCCUUUGCUCUCCCCCCCCUGCCUAAUGCAAUUUUAAAACAAAUUUUGGAAAAGGAUUGAGCUGGGUAAUUUCUUAUCCUAAUUCGAUGCUUGUUCAAAUUUCAAUGUUAUUAUGGCAUUAAUUGUUUUGUGCUUUUGGCAGGCUGUAUUUGCCUUUUGUGGUCGUUUUUGGGUACAUGGUUGGGUUCCAUUGUUGCUAAUGUUGUCCUUAUUUGUGGUCCUGUAAGCUCUUUGGAAUUCAUCAGCAAGAUGAAUAUGAGGGUGCAGUGAGGCAGGGUGUUCCUUUUGUAAUCUGCUAGACGAAUGGAAACUCUGGUCAUUUCUAGAUCCGUGAUCUUAUAGGUUGAUCAAUUUACAGAGAUUGGCUCUUUUUUGAUCAUGUGUAUACGCUUGUUAUCAUGCAUGCCUGUUUGUUAACAAGGUCCUGACCAGUGGGGUAGUUCUUGAAAGUUGGUCCUUUUCCCUACUUUAAGUUCCUAUUAGGCUCAAGGAUAUGAUAGUGAGAAUUACGAAUGGCCAUGGGAAUCGUUCUACACUCUUGUUUUUAGGGGAGUGAGCUACUUGUCCUGUUCCUGCUGAGAAUUCAAUUAAUCAAUUCAGGCAGAAGUGAUGAAUGCUGUUUUAGCGUGGUCGAAUAAUAUGAUAUCUUUGGUCAUAUAGAGUAUAGGCACAUGCUAGAGUGGAAUGGUAUGUCUAAUGGCUUUUUUAUUUUCAUCUUCCUGAGUUCUUUUCUGUGCUGUUUUGUUGGGAUACUGCUAAGCUGCUUUCUCUCUCUCUCUCUCACUCUGUGUGUGUGUGUGUCCUUCUGUGCCUGUCUACCUGUGUGUGUGUGUGUGUGCCUUCUGUGCCUGUCCACCUAUGUGCCAUUUUUUUUACCUUUCUGUAGCUUGGUGCAUAAAGAACAUGAAUUACCCUUAUCUCAAGGUGAUGCACAACGUUAAGUUUUUCAUGAAAAAUCUGUUAUUAGGUUUUGUGUUAUACAUAAAUCAUCAUGCUGAAUUUAUGAAACUCUAAUUUCAUUUUAGUACAAUUUUAUGGAUAUGUUGUUGAUGCCAACUCUAAAUAGUGAUGCAAAGUUGAUGUCCAAAAUCUUUUAUUGGGCUUCUUGAUUAUGGUGAGCUCAUUCCCUAUUCUAAAUAACUUUAGUCCGUAGUUAGUUAGUUACUUCAUGUAAUUGUGUGGUUCUUGUUGCAUUACAUAUUCCUGCAAUUACUCCCUGAGACUCGAGUUUUAUGAAUUAGAUCUAUAUAAGCAAGUGUUCUUUGGUGAUCUGGAAAACGAAUUGUAAAAUAGUUGAAAUUGGAUUAUCUGGGUCGGGUGUAUUGAAUAGAGUUUUGGAGGGAAAAAUCCUUUUUGAUUGUCACAUCUAGUUAGGAACUCUUUGGUGAUUUGGCUAAUGAAUAAUAGAAAAAGUUGAAAUUUGAUUUGUAGGCUAAUGCUCCCAUGCUAAAAACAUGAUGUUUUUGUUAUUGUGGCUGCGAGUGUUCCUACUUUAUUGUGAAUGAUUUUGUUCAAAUUGGGGGGGGGGUGUUGUGUGUGUUUACUGAAUUGUUUAUUUGGAGGUUGUUUUUUGGUUGUCUUUAUAUUUCGUCUUCUAGAAGAUGAAGACAAAGGUGAUGUACCCUUUUUUUAGAGUAUAGUUGCUUUGCACAUCUAGAAUUCUUUGGCAGGAUACUGAAUAUAGAGUGAGGAACACCAAGGUCUUCUAGUUGACUAAAAGCUACACGGGACAAUUAUUGAUUUUGUGGGUGUUGUUCCAAAUUCUUCUGGUACCGUUUCGUAUUGUGGCAGUUACACAAAUUUGUGCUACUCAGGGAAUCUUUGAUGAGCUAUUAGAGGUUGGUUUAGUGAGUUUUCGCCUGGCCGUGAUAUCUUUGAUCACUGAGAUUGGUACUGUGAGGUCUUGAAGAAUCACGAGGAAAUGUGAGGGCUCGUUAGUGUUCUUAUGCUUCUAGGCUAGCCUUGUCGAGCUAUAUUGUAUGGCUAUAUUCUGUUAAUUUAUAGGAAAACAGUCUAUUUUAAAAAUUACAUUUUGUUUAGAUUAUGC